GGGAAUAUUGGUGGGAAAGGGGAAGAGAAACUCUACGACGUGGAUUUGGGACACGAUCAGACCAACGGCUGCUGUGGAGAAGGGGGGUGUUGCCAUAGUAACAACCACCGUCCGCUCUCGGUCCAAUCAGGCGACAUCGUUCGACCCCCCUCCUCUUCCCUCCCGCCGUCACACAGCCGCUCCUACAGAAAGCUCUACCCCUACGUCCUCAAAGCUGUCAGCUACGCCUUUUGGCCGGAGAAAUAUGCCGUAGUUCCUCUGUUAGUCCUCGUGGUUCUCUCUUCCGUGGCCAUCAUGCUGGGUUGCCUCGUUUUGUUCAAUGUGUUUCCGCUCACGUACAACAUCAGCAUCAGCUCUGUGCAAGUCCCAGACCACGAGUCCUCGAUUCACUGGGACGCGUACCAAGCCGCCGUGGAGAAACAGUUCUUCAAUGAAACCAAUCCGAACACUUUCAGUGGCGACUCGUCUGUCAGCUCCAAAAAUUUACUGUCGGACGAUGGAGGCGGAGGAGGAGGAGGAGGUAAUGAAGAAAAGGCAGCUAGCUCGUCGUCUUCUUGCUGCAACAGCGGCUCAAGCCAGCGUAGGAUGCACGGGACGUGGGUUUUGGAGCUGGUCUAUCGGGGUCGCGGCGGACGAAACCUGCUCGAAACGAGACACAUCGAGUACCUCCACUCGAUCGAGGAACACAUCUACAACCUUCCGAAGUACUCCACAGUCUGUCACUUUGCCUUCAGGAACCCAGUCUGCGAUCCGGUCAACUCCCUCCUGACCUACCUCUACCCUCGUAGCACGGACGACGGCUCUCUCUUGAGAGACACACUCCCGGACGAUUGGAGGGAGUCUGUAGACACAAGUCAGUUGACUGUGGAGCAGGCGGAGCAGCUGUUGUGGUAUACCGGAGGUAAUAUCGGGAACACUUCGCUCCUGAGAGCCCAGGUUCGUGUGGGUGUGCCUCUACCAUGUUACUGUUCCUAUGGCGACAGAACUAACGAACAGCACCAGAAAGUGAAAGAGUUUUUCAUAUCGCUCAUUCCUUUUCUCGAACACGCUUCCACCAGUGAAGUGGAGGUCCUCUAUGGAGGAGGAGACAUAUUUGACUACGAACUAAACCAGGCCAAACGCCACGACCUGCUUCUCGGAAUCGGAUCGUUUGCCAUCGUCCUUGUCGCCAUGUUCAUACUGACGGGCUUCUCCGCGUGUCUGACUUUCUGGGGCGGCUUUGCUCUCGUCCUGUGUUUCCUCGUCUCUCUAUUUUUCUACCGCGUCGUCCUCGGUUACGAAACAUUCUCUCUCCUCACCAUCGUCACCAUAUUUGUCAUCAUCGGGAUCGGUGUGGACGACGUUUUCGUGUUUCUCAACACGUUCAAACAGUCGCGAGGGUUGGAGGGACUGGACAGCACGCACAAGAGGCUGGCUCACACGAUUCUCGUGGCCACUUCUGCCACCUUCUGCACCUCGGCAACAACUGCCAUCGCCUUCCUCGCCAACGCAGUAUCUCAGAUUCCUGCAGUCCGACAGUUUGCCAUCUUCACCGGUCUAGUCGUUAUCUUCUGCUUCAUCACCGUUGCCAUAACGAUGCCGCUGUUUCUCCACAUCUGGCAGGUGUGGCUACUUCCAGUCGAAGAUUUCAUCCUCACACUCCUCAUCUUUCCGUUUAGACAUCUCAUCAAAUUCUUCAGACACCUUGCCUGCCGUUGCAGUUUGUUCCAGGGCUCCGCCUCCUACUCAGUCGUCCCUCCUGUAAGAAUGACUGAACUAACAGACAUGAAUCUGGAGACCGACAGCGGCAUUAUUGAGGACAGGGGGAGCGACAGUACUGGGUCCGAUUCCAAUUCCGUGGGGUCCGAUUCCCAUUCUAGUACGUCUAGCCUCGUGGCCGAGGAAGAUGGGAACAUCGGUAUGGAACCGGGGAGCAAACGGAACGGAACGGAUACGACAGCAGCCGUGGUAUCGAGAAUGGAAGAACCGGUGAACGGGAAUCCUGAAGUUACACGUUCCCCUACAAUAGAGAACAGAAUCACUGUGCUGGUGCAAAAAGCACUCCUUUUCACCAUAGCUCGUGUGGUAAUGCUACCGCAGUUGGUUCGCUGUCAUUGUCUGCCCGACGGUCUACUCCGGACGAUCGUGCGCUGGAUCACCAGAUUACUACCGGUGAUUCUAUUUAUUGCCAUCCUGGUAUCAAUGAGCGGCGCCGCAUCGCAGCUGCAGCCUUCGGACGGUCCUCCGCAGAUCUUUGAUCCCGACAGCAACAUGCAGAAGUUGCUGAACCUGCAGGGAAAUCUCACCGACGUCGAGUCAAUCAACUGCUGGAACUGCUCCGCCUGGUACAUUGGAACUACUAGUGGAGGAGGAGGGACAGCAGGAGGCGGUACUCAGGGACCUACUAGUGGAACGACGCAGAGCAGUACCACAAACCCCACCACACCUCCUCCCCAGACCGCUACCACUAGACCUACCACUCAUGCCACUACCGCUACCACUGCGACCACUGCCACCACAAGUGGUACCACCAGCAAACCAACAGACCGUACCACCCCUCCCCCCACUUCCUCCACCUCUUCUCCCUCUUCUUCUUCACCAACUUCUGCAUCUUCACCAACUUCUGCAUCAUCUUCGCCGUCUGACGGGACUCCGCCCACUAACAAGCCUCCUCCCACUUCUGGCCCCGCCCAGAAUCCGAACCUCGUGAAUAACAUUGUAGUGAACGUGGUAUUUGGUGUGGAAGGGGUUAAGAGGAAAUAUUCGACGUCGCACGUUUUGCCAGGAGUUGAAGGAGAAGGGCGCCAAGCAAUUCUGGACAAGUCAUUCUCCUCCAUGUUCACGUGCCCCCCUCCCUCCUCAUCCUCCUUCUCCCUCCCCUCCCUCCUCGGGACCCUCCGCGCCAUGUGUCGCGUCUGUCACAACAUCUCCAACCCGGCCAACGGACUAGUCCUCAACGGGAUCUUCACCUGCUUUCCUCCGGAGAUAGUCGAGACAUUGGAGAGCAAGUGCCUGCCACCGGGCUUCAGUCUGAGCGACUUGGAAGAGUGCCGCGCGGCGAAGAGUGGAAAUUCUUACGUCAGGGCCCACUAUAAUUACACCAAGACUGAGACUGGAGCUGGGACUCUGAGAUUUCUGGCCAUGGCCUUUAGAUCAACCACUUCACCGAGCGACUCUGCCACUGAGAACAUAGUUGACUACGAAAAGUGGGAGGAUUUCCUCUCUUCUGAACUGAAAGCAAUUCGUCGUCUCUCCGGCGAGGGGCAGCCAUACGAAGGAGCCUGGGACAUCAUCCAACAUACGUUUCAAGCCUCGGGGUACUGGGUCGACAUCAAUACGGAGAUCAUCGCCAUUCGCGGAUCUUUCUAUGGAAUCCUCAUUUCCAUCAUGCUCUGCGGGAUUGUCGUCGCCGUCCUGUCACACGACUGGUCGGUCGUUUUGGCGAUGGGACUGACCAUUCUGGGGAUGCUGGUGACUCUGCUCGGGCUGUUCAAGAUGUUCGGGUGGACGCUGGGAAUAAUCGAGGCAGUCUCGCUGUCAAUUCUCGUGGGGAACUCCCUCGAUUAUUGCAUUCAUCUCACAGAGGGUUACGUGGCAACCGACACAAGACACUUGGCCUUCCUCCACAAAUUCAAGUUCACCCACGGAGCCAGUCCGCGUGUCCAGCGAGUCAUGUCGGCCAUCUCUUUCAUCGGAGUCUCCAUACUCAGCUCUGCCCUCACCACGUUCCUGGCCACCAUCCCCUCCUCGCCACCCAGAUCCGUCUCCUCACGCGCUUCGGACAGAUCCUGAUCCUCGACACGGUCGUUGCCAUUCUCUAUACUCUGUUCUUCUGCAGUACGUCCUCAGUCUGCUUCGCACCGGUCGGUACCUCGCGAAGCCCCUGGCGUAUCUGAACGCUGUCCUAACCAUUACGGCACCGUUGUUCUAAUGCUUAUUAUUUUCUUCGUCUCCACGGAAGUCAUGUCAAUGUAUAACAUUAUAUAAUUUCCCUCAGCCAGACUUUUUUAAGUGCAUUGUUAAGUUGUCAAAUUUUUUAAUGUCAGGAACGUAAUGAUUAUUCCGGUGUAUGUCAAUAUCAUGACGGCAACGACUUUCCAUCAACGUGGGUGGGAAGUUGAUACUAUUUUUAGAUCGCUUCUAAAAAUAGUAGCAAGUCACGUGAGCAUAUACACGCAGGAUUAAUCAAAAUUAAUUAUCAGCAGCAUAUCGCGUGCGCAGAACCCGUCUAA